CGUGAUCGCAUUCUGCUGUUUCCCGAUAACUUCUUUUUUGCUGAAAGACGGUUUGUAAACCACAUCAUCGAUACAAAAAAAGUUAAGGAUUUGGAUCACUGUGAGCUUUUCUGCUACAUGAACGACAAAUGCGUUAGUGCCAACUUCAAAAAAGAGCCAGAGCCUGGAGGAAUGACUCAUGUUUGUGAAUUGAAUGACGCUACUCAUCUGGAUUAUGAUAGUGACCUGAUAACUGAUGCCAAUUUUUAUCAUCGCGGCUCUAAGGUGAGUUACAACUAAAACUUACCUCCUUGAAUUGACGCCUUAUAUUCGAUAGAAUUAUGCGCGAUCACCGACGUGUUCAGAAACUUUCAUCCUUUUAUUCACUUAUCGUAGAUCUUUCUCCUGCUGUUUCACAUUCUUUUCUUCCUUUUCAGAACGCCUGCGGCAAGAAUUCACGGUGCCAAAAUAAUGCAAUUUGUGAGUCCGGUUUCACAUUCAAGGGAUAUCGAUGCUUGUGCCCUCCUGGAUUUGAGGGAGAAAAUUGUGAAAAAGGUUAGAUUCAAAAGAUGCCAGAAAAAGCAAAAUAUUGCCUUGAACAUGUUUAAUUUUAAAGACAUUUGGUCGUCGAGUGAGUAUCUUACUCCCGGGCUGGCCUUUGACGACUGGUAGCAGAGAAACAUAGUGGCGUUCGGUGAUUGAUCUAAAACUAGACGUAACAAUGGCAAAAAAACUUUAGAGGCCUUCUUUUCGAACCAAAGUAGUAGACAAAGGAAGCGCUCCCUGUAACCUGUAAAUUGUGCAAUGUUGCUCGCUCGAGUUAAAUUGUCGAGAUUGUAGUGAGUGAAAAAUGGUAUGAGCUGUUAUACUAGCAUUACUUGGUUAGUGGUUAUUAGUCAUCCAUAAAGUUUUCGCUUUUCUAAAUUAGAAAAAUGGUUACAGUCUAUCUCAUAUGAUGAGAAAUUACAAACAUUUAUUCAUUCGUGUUUAUAUGACAUUUCUCUUGUUAGAGAUAUUCAGAUUUCAAUUCAAAUAUACUUUUAUAUUAUUUUACUUCACUUUUGAUUCUUUCCUUUAACACUGAUCUCUGAUUCUUUCCUUCGGUUUGGAAAUGAAUCGACUGUAUAUGAAGACGCCCGGAACAUAUUUAGAGAAUGCCUUAUUUUACUUCUUAUUAAGGCAAUACAGCGUAUGCCCACACCCCUGAGAGACAAGCAUCAGCUAAAGUCAAUCAACGAGUUAUUCGUAUAAUAUUUUGUUAACCAUUUGAUGUAAAAGAUAACGAGACUGACAUAUUACCAAUGCCUUCCUGUCGUUCCUAGACAUCGACGAGUGUGCUUCAAAUGACAAUAAAUGUGCUAAGGGUGCUGCCAUUUGUAAAAAUACGGUAGGAUCAUACAACUGUACCUGUCAUUUUGGACAUGAAUGGGAUGGCACUGAAUGCAAAGGUUUGUUGACUUCAUUUUUCUCACUAGCCUCAGAGUCGGAGGGUAGGAAAUGCAACGUCUUAUGGACCGUUACCUGUGUCUAUAUGUCCCUCUUUCUGUCUGUCUGCACGCCUGCCUGACAAUUCCUCUUCACUGAUACUGAAGUGCUUAGCAAGUGACAGGCGCUAUGGGUUAUGGUGAAUUUUUUUGUUCCAGAGGGAAAAUAUCAAAUUAGCAUAUAUGAAAACAAUGAUCAAUAAAAAUCUUUUUAUAAGAGACUAAGUGUUUUAUUUGUUCAAAGUUAACAAAACGACAACAUUGUAAGUUCAAUUUAUUCGAUUUUCUACCACUUAGCUGAUGUAUGCCAACUCAACACCGUUCUGUACGAUGUUGAUAGAGACGUAAGCCACCAUGACCCGGAAAAAACAGAAUGUGACCAAAAUCUCAACCCUGACUGGUAUCGUUUCCUGGACAUUCCAGGAAUAACAAUGCCGACUGAGUGUCCAGAUCCUGACAAGUGCGGCACAUCAUUUCCAGGCUGGUUGAGCAGUAGUCACCCCCCAAUGACUGAGGGAGAAGUAGCAGGGACUGUUUGCUUCAGCAGGAGCUCGGAUAUGUGCUGUCACCAGUCGAAAAACAUAAGGGUGAAGAACUGUAGUUCCUUUUACGUCUACUAUUUGGUGCCGACGAGCUGUCCCUACCGUUACUGCUUCACACAUAACUGA